UCGUUUGUGGAUGAGGAGCUCGACCUCUCCUCUGUAUCUGCUGCCAUGAACCAAAUCAACAAUUUCAGAGUAUUUAAUUCUAUCCCUGGAUUUUUCCUUUCUCUCAUUCUUUCUCUAAAAUAGCCUUUUGAUUGCAUAAUGAUGCUAGAAUUAUCGUUAUCCUCAUCUUCAAUUAUCUAGUAUAGAAAACCCAAUUUUGUUUAUUUUCUUCCCUUCAUUUAACUUUGUUCUUACAAGAUACGAAAAAUGCCGUCAGCCCUCUUGCAUUCAAUCUCUCCGCUGACAACCCCCAAAACCAAGCACAAAUUCAAGACAAAACCCUAUCUUUUCCAUUACCAUCUCCCAAAUCUCAAUAACAAUUCAAUCCACAAGGGUUUUUCUAGGGUUUUAGCAUCAACCCACAUCACCAUUUCCCAAAAGGAGACUCCUUUCACUCUACCCACCUGGAGAGAUUCCAAGAGUGACAUGAGAACCAAGGAGAUCAAGCUCCGUGACGCCUUCCUGUAUUUGGAGUACAUGGUAGGCAAAGGGCACAAGCCUGACCUAGCUCAAUCAACCCAACUCUUGUAUGAUCUUUGUAAGGUGAAUAAGAUUCGAAAAGCCGUUAGGGUUAUGGAGUUGAUGGUUAGCGCUGGAAAGAUUCCGGAUUCCUCCACGUUUACCUUUUUGGUCAAUCAAUUGUGCAAGAGAGGAAAUGUUGGUUACGCCAUGCAAUUAGUCGAUAGAAUGGAUGAAUACGGCUGUCCUCCAAAUACUGUGACUUAUAAUUCAUUGGUUAGAGGUCUUUGCAUUCAUGGAAAUUUACAACAAAGUUUGCAACUUAUGGAGAAGUUGAUACACAAGGGACUAGUACCAAAUGUGUUCACAUACUCGUUUCUAUUAGAAGCUGCGUAUAAGGAAAGGGGAGUAGACGAGGCUGUGAAACUUUUGGAUGAGAUUAUUGCUAAGGGUGGGAAGCCAAAUUUGGUGAGUUAUAAUGUUCUUUUGACCGGGCUUUGCAAAGAGGGUCGAGUUGAAGAAGCCAUUGCUUUCUUUUGUGAUUUGCCUUCAAAAGGGUUUAGGCCUAAUGUUGUGAGCUACAACAUUUUAUUGAGGAGUUUGUGUUAUGAUGGUCGGUGGGAGGAGGCUGAGGAGCUUUUAGAUGAAAUGAAUGCUAAUGAUUGUUCUCCGAGUGGUAUAACUUAUAAUAUAUUGAUCGGUUCUCUUGCUUAUCAUGGUCGAACUGAACAAGCACUCGAUAUUUUGGAGGAGAUGGUUAGGAAUAGGUUUAUGCCUGUUGCUGCUAGCUAUAAUCCUAUAAUUGCUAGGUUUUGUAAAGAGGGGAAAUUGGAUAUGGUACUGAGGUGCCUUGAUAUGAUGAUGUAUAUGCAUUGUUUCCCUAACGAAGGGACUUACAAUGCAAUUGCUGUUCUUUGUAGAGAGGGGAAAGUAGAGGAGGCCUUUUCUAUACUUCAGAGCUUGGGUAAUAAGCAGAGUUCUUCAAUGCAUGAUUUUAAUAGAAAUGUUAUCUCGUGCCUUUGCAAAAAAGGGAACACUUAUGCUGCCUUCCAACUUCUAAAUGAGAUGACAAAAAAUGGGUUCACUCCUGAUUCAUACACAAAUUCAUCUUUGAUCAGAGGUCUUUGUAUGGAGGGGAUGUUGGAUGAAGCAAUUGAGAUUUUUGAUGUCAUGGAGGAAAAUGAUUGUAGGCCUGAUAUAGACAAUUACAAUGCUCUCAUACUUGGUUUGUGCAAAGCUCAGAGGACUGAUAUAUCGUUUGAUAUCUUAGAAAUGAUGAUUGAGAAGGGGUAUGUUCCUAAUGAAACGACAUAUACAAUCUUAGUUGAGGGGAUUGCUCAUGAAGAUGAGACAGAUUUGGCUGAAGGUGUUUUGAAAGAGCUAUACUCAAGAAAUGCCAUUAGCCAGAAUACAGUGGAGAGGAUCACAAUGCAAUAUGACUUGGAGUAAGCAUCUACAAGCUAGAUAUUCUAAAGUGCAAGUUUUGUUGAAACCAUUAAAGCUUUACAGCUCGAUUUUUCACAGUUAAAGGCAUCAGGGUUCUCUAAGCUGGCUCUGGAAGACAUUUAGCUUUGGAGUUUCUACUCUAUAACUAAAUAUUUUUGCUCAUGCUGAUGAACAGUGAGGUGACAAUAUUGCACAAAAGUACUCUAGUACUUGAUUAUUGUCUAUGUCAAUUUGUUUGCAAUAAUUUGGCUAGUAUAAAGGUUAGGAUUCUAUAGCUGCUUAUGUACUUCUCUUUUUAAGGAAUAACAACUUGAGCGGACUGGUUCCCCAGACUCUGUUGCUUGAUGA